AUGGCGGAGUUAGAACGGCAGCUCCGAGCGAGGAGAAGAUUACAGCUGAAGCCGCAGAAAUGCAGGAGAAGGUGGAUGAGGCGGAGAACGUGGUGAGGGGGAUGCAUGGAAAAGAAUGUAUACUUUCACCUAAUCAGUAUAAAGAAAACAAGUAAUGGCGACGUGUUUCCUUUGAUAAAUGGACUACACAGCAAUACGGUGAAAACAGAGGAAAUCCCUGUGACGGCAGCAGUUGGAGAGACACCAGAUAUGUUACUCAAUUCUAAGAAAAUGAAAAUGGAAGUAAAGGAGAAAAAAGAAAAGAAGCAGAAAGUGGAUGAGGAUGAGAUACAGAAGAUGCAAAUUCUGGUGUCAUCCUUCUCAGAAGAACAACUAAAUCGCUAUGAGAUGUAUAGACGCUCUGCAUUCCCUAAAGCCGCUAUUAAACGGCUGAUUCAGUCCAUUACAGGCUGCUCUGUGUCACAGAAUGUGGUGAUUGCCAUGUCUGGUAUUUCAAAGGUUUUUGUUGGAGAGGUUGUAGAAGAAGCUCUGGAUGUUUGUGAAAAAUGGGGAGAAAACCCUCCACUGCAGCCUCGACACAUGAGAGAAGCACUCAGAAGAUUGAAGUCCAGGGGGCAAAUUCCAGAUUCCAAGUAUAAAAAAAUCUUGUUCAGUUAA